ACUCCAGUCGACGGUCAGUUAAGAUAUGUCAACGCGUUCGAUGACUUACUCAGAGGUUUAGUGUUCAAUAACAAAAUCGUGUUGAAUCCAUGUGUUAAAGUAUUAAUAGUAUACGUUUUUUGAUCGAUUUACUGUGAAAAAUGUUGUGUUUGUGAAGAUUAGACUACUUUAGUGAAAAUGGCAAGAUAUAGUACAAAGACUACUACUUUUCUUUCAGUAUACCAAGUAUUAUUAAUUGCAAAGUUAAAACUCUGAAUCAGAAUAAGGAAUUUAUCCCAGCCUUAUGUUAACAAUAAAUAUAAGUUGUACUAAAAUAGAAGGAUCACAAAAAUGGCUAAUAGAAAAAAUGAAAGUAUUAUACACCUAGUGAUCAUAACUUUUUUCCUUCUGCUUGUCUGUGCUGCUGAACCGCAGUUAAAGAUGUUAAAUGUUGUUUUUAGACACGGUGAUCGCACCCCUACUGAAAAAUCUUCAUAUGCAAAUGAUCCAUACACUAAACGUGAUUUCUAUCCGUAUGGUUAUGGAGCCUUAACGAAUAGUGGAAAAUUGCGCGCUUACAAAUUAGGAGAGUUUCUUCACGAACGAUAUAAAAACUUUCUCGGUGAUGUAUAUUUACCAGAGCUGCUAUACGCACGUAGUACUGAUUAUGAACGAACGAAAAUGAGCUUGCAGCUUCUUCUGGCGGGUCUGUUUCCGCCGACCAAUGUCCAAAAAUGGCACAAUACGCUCAAUUGGCAGCCAAUCCCUAUAACUUACAAAGCCAAGCCGGAUGAUCUCUUGGGAACCAUACAUUUACCUAGGUAUCAAAUAGAAAGACGAAGAGUUGAAAACGAGAGAGAAAUAAAAGUAGAACUUGGUAAUCUCCGUCCAUUUAUGUCAGAACUAUCUGAUUUGACCGGGAAUUAUAUAAACAAUACCCUAGAUGUCAAAAAUAUUUAUGACACACUUGUAGCUGAGAGUUUCAUGAAUUUAACUCUUCCUGAUUGGACAAAAGAAAUGUUCCCUCGUGGUAAGCUGAUAGAAGCUGCUCUGUUUGAUUAUGACAUUUGCUCAUACGAUAAUAAUAUAACUCGAGCACUUGUGGGGAAAUUGAUGGCAAAAAUUUCUAGAGACAUAUUGACCAUAAAAGAUCAUAAAGUAGAUGAUAAAGCUGAGGAUAAAAUUGCGAAAAAAAUAUUUUUAUACAGUGGACACGAAAUUAACGUCGUUGGAGUUUUACGAAGUCUUAAACUUUUUAAAACUCACGAACCUCAGUAUAGCAGUGCUGUUAUAAUCGAAUUAUUUGAAGAAAACGCAAAAUAUUUUAUUAAAGUUGUAUAUUAUCAAGGAAUCGCAACUACUGCCACUGAGUUACAAAUGCCAGGAUGUUCUGAUGUUCUUUGUUCGUUAGAACAAUAUUUAGCCAUUAUUAAUGAAGUUUCGGAAUGUUAAAUAAUAAUACAAGGAACAGUAUAGUACAAAUUAUUUGUAUACUGCAAGAUGCAUAAAUUGCAGCUGCAUUCUUUUUAACUGAUAGAAUAUGUGGAUAAGCAAAAAAAUAAUCAUUGAUUAAUAUAUGAUGUUUUAAAACUAAAUUUUAUCAAUACGUUAAGCAGUUCUAAUAUAACCUAAUUUAACUUAUCACAAAACGCAAUAGAAAUACUUCUAUCAUCCUACAUUAUUUUUAAGUGUAGACGAAUUUUGGAUCAAUCAAUGAAACAAUACACUUGGUAAAUCAACUGCAAUUAAGAAAUAGAAGUUGUCGUAAAUGAGAAAAAGAAUUACACACCUCGUAAUAUAUUCUCUGAUAAGAGAAGAAAGGUGCUGACUUUAUUGAAUGUGCAAACCUAGUCUAGCCCUUAAUCCCCUAAUUCAAGUGCAAAAAUGCUGAAUUGGCGCAUCUACUGCCAAUCUCGCUUGGAAUGAAGUCUUUUAAUUUUUUUCA